AUGGUAGCGUUUCGGCAAGAGAAAGAUACGACGGUAUCUUCCGUCGGAGAUGGAGCUGCCGUCGAGUACCAAAAUGCGCACCUCAACGAAGCAGACCAACAACUGGGCACUGGCCUGACCAACGUUGAAGCUCAGUUCUGGCAGCAGCACUUUGACAACCUGGAUGCUUCUGCGUUUCCUGUUCUGCCAUCUCAUCUGAAAAAGCCUCAGCCUAAUGCGAAAGCUGAGCAUCACAUAACAUACCCAAUCUCGUCCCAACAGGACUUGGACACAACUGCCAUCUGUAGAGCAGCCCUUGCAGUCCUCCUUUCCCGUUACACUCAUGCCACCGAAGCGCUGUUUGGCGUGUUGGUGCAGAACACUCCUGACAGCCAAAGUCGGGAGCCCGCUGCUGUCGGUCUGGGACGGACCGUACUCCCCACCCGUGUUUUUUGCGAGCCUCACCAAGCCGCCCUCGACCUUGUCCGGGAGGUCACCGCCUACGAUGGUGUCGUUCGUGAGUUUGAGAAAAUCGGGCUGGAUACCAUCAGCCGUGCUGGAGAGUAUGCUCUAGCCGCUUGUAAAUUUCAAACUGUACUGGCUGUCACUCCAGCCACCGGCCUGGACCAGACUGCCGUAGGAGCAGAAGAACUCACAGCCUCCCUUGAUCGUGCUCUUCUGAUCAACUGCCAUGUCGCGAAGGAUUCGGCUUCGAUUGUCGCAAGAUAUGACCCAAGUGUUCUUGAUGGGCGCCAGGUGUCCCGUUUCUUGCGGCAGCUGGCUGUUUUGAUUGAACAGUUCCAGCAUCUUGCCGUUGGCCAAUCUCUCUCAGACCUAGAGAUCGUUACAGCUGAGGACCGCUCCGAGAUUGAGAGCUGGAACUCGUCCUUGCCUCUUAGGCAUGAUGUCUGCCUCCACGACUUGGUGUCCCAGAAAGCCACCGAAGCCCCCAGCAGCCCUGCUGUCUAUGCUUGGGACGGCGAGUGGACGCAUGGUGAAUUGGAUAACGUGUCCUCGCGCAUCGCAGAAUACAUCCAAUCCUUGAAGUUGGAGGCCGGGAUUGCAGUCCCUGUCUGUUUUGAAAAGUCAAAGUGGAUGGUGGCUGCGGUACUAGCCGUUCUCAAGGCCGGCCGAGCUUUUGCAUUAGUCGAUCCGGCCCACCCGUCAGCCCGUGUGGGCCAGAUUUGCCGACAGACAUCCGCCGCAUUGGCAAUUACAUCACAGCUCCACCGUGACACCUUCAAUGGUCUUGUAUCCAAGACCAUUGUGCUUGAUGAUAACUUCUACCGGUCGCUGGAGCCUCCAAAUGGAAGCUUCGUACCGAAUGCGAGGCCAACUGACUUGGCCUAUAUCAUUUUCACGUCUGGUAGCACUGGCGAGCCUAAGGGCGCUAUGCUGGAGCACCGGGCUUUUGCUUCAUGUGCUCUUCAGUUUAGUCCCUUUUUUGGCAUUGACAAGGAUACCCGGUCUCUUCAGUUUUCCUCGUAUGCUUUCGGUUCGAGCUUGGCAGAGACUAUGUGCACCCUGAUGCACGGUGGCUGCGUUUGCAUUCCCUCUGAUCACGAUCGUAUGAAUGACAUCUCAGGCUUCAUCAAGCGUGCUCGUGUAAAUUGGUCUACUCUUACGCCUUCAUUUGUCGCCACAAUUCCUCCUGAUAGCCUUUCUGGUCUGCGUACCCUCCUGUCAGGAGGUGAAGCUUUCACUGCCUACCAGAGAGAUUCAUUCUCAUCCCACAUUCGUGUAAUUAACUCCUAUGGCCAGAGUGAGAGCUCAACCAUCUGCGGUGCUGCAGUUGUACACGAGGACACCACGGACCUGCAGAACAUCGGACGCGCCUUGGGCGCCCGUUACUGGAUUACCGAACCCAACGAUCCCAGUCGCCUUGCCCCGAUUGGCUGCGUUGGUGAGCUAGUAAUUGAAAGUCCCGGCAUCGCCAAGGGCUACAUCGUCCCUCUGCCCCCGAAGGAAUCGCCUUUCUUCGACGAGGCCCCCCCUUGGUACCCCACAGAAUGGCGACAGCAGCAUAAGCUCACUGGCUACCGAUUCUAUCGAACUGGAGAUCUAGUGUGCUAUAGGCCAGACGGGACCGUCGCUUAUCUCGGUCGUCGGGACUCCCAAGUCAAGAUUCGCGGACAGCGCGUUGAGCUUGGCGACGUUGAAAGUCACUUGCGCAAGACGCUCCCCAGCCACUUGGUUCCUGUGGCUGAAGCUGUUAAGCGACCCCAGGAGGGCAGCAGUACAGCGCUCGCUGGAUUCUUGUUUGGACCAUUCCAGCCGGAAGAAGCCAUUCAUGAGGAGAAAGAAGCCUUCAUUUUGGAAAGUAGCGCUGCCCAGCGUAUCAGGGCAUCGUUACUACAGGUCCUCCCCGAAUAUGCCGUCCCGACUUACUUCUUCCGCAUGAGACAGCGUCCCACCAUCGUCACCGGCAAGACGGAUAGAAAACGACUCCGUGCCAUCGGUGCCAAGCUUAUCAAGGAAAUGAUCCAGAGCACCAUCUCGUCGCAGGAGGAUUCGGUACUCGGUGAGAUGACAACUGCAGAGGAUCAGUUGCGGCAGCUGUGGUUCCAGAUCUUGCAACUACCCCCCAACCCCAAGAGCCAGGGAGCCAACUUCUUUCAGCUCGGCGGUGAUUCCAUUGCCGCGAUCAAGCUGGUGAACAUGGCGAGACUGGCAGGGAUCGAACUGACCGUGACCGACAUCUUCCAGCACCCGACUUUGUCGGACCUAGCGUCUACGAUUAAGCGAGGCUCCGACAAGGAUGGCCCCAUUCCGACCUCAGAGCACCAGGGACCCGUCGAGCUCUCUUAUGCACAGGGACGUUUGUGGUUCCUUGACCAGCUCAACCAAGGUUCAUCCUGGUACCUCGUGCCCUUUGCGGAGCGCCUAAGGGGGCCGCUGCAGGUCGAGGCCCUCACUUCUGCCCUGCACGCCUUGAAGCAGCGCCAUGAAACUCUUCGAACAACUUAUGAAGAACAUGACGGCGUGGGUAUGCAGCUAGUACAAGAGGUCAUCACCGGGGAGCUUCGACUGAUUGACCUGUCCUCAGCCCCCGAGACUUAUGAAGAAGUCUUGAGACAGGAGCAGACCACCCCUUUCAACUUAGCUACUGAACCCGGUUGGCGUGUUUCCCUGCUGAGACUAGGGGAAGAAGACCAUGUUCUAUCCAUUGUUUUCCACCACAUUAUUUCUGAUGGUUGGACGAUCGAUAUUAUGCGUAAGGAACUCGGCAUAUUUUACGCCGCAGCCCGUCGAAGCCAAAACCCCUUGUCUCAGCUACCUCCGUUGCCGAUUCAAUACCGUGAUUUUGCUGUCUGGCAGAGACAGGAAGCCCAGGUAGCUGAGCAUGAGCGCCAGCUUGCAUAUUGGGUUAAGCAGCUGGCGGACAGUUCUCCGGCCGAGCUUCUUUGCGAUAAGCCACGCCCAUCGAUUCUGUCGGGCGAUGCUGAAGAGGUAAACUUUGCUAUUGAGGGCCCAUUAUUCGAAAGCCUUCAGUCGUUCUGCCGUAACUACCAGGUCACGCCUUUUGCUGUUCUCUUCGCUGCGUUCCGCGCUACGCACUUUCGCCUUACGGGUGCGGAGGAUGCCACGAUCGCCGCCCCCGUGGCUAACCGUAACCGUCCAGAACUCGAAGACAUGAUGGGAUUCUUCGUUAAUACGCAAUGUUUGCGAACCAUCAUCGAACAGGACCAGACGUUCCAGAGCUUAGUGCAACAGGUGCGUUCGACAGCAACCGCUGCGUGGGCGCACCAAGAUAUCCCCUUUGAACGAAUUGUAUCAGCGCUACUGCCCGGAUCCCGAGAUCCUUCACGGAACCCUCUGUCGCAGCUUGUUUUCGCGCUGCACUCUCAGGAAGAUUUCGGCAGGAUUCAGUUAGAGGGAGUACAGGGCGAGUCACUCCCCACGGUGGUGACAACUCGCUUCGACCUGGAGUUCCAUCUCUACAGGGAACAGAACCGGUUCCGAGGAAACGUUCCAUUUGCCUCUGAUUUGUUUGAGCAUGCCACAGUCAGCGGUGUUGUGAAUGUUUUCCUCGAGGUCCUACGUCGCGGCCUAGAGCAACCAGAGACUCACAUUUCGACACUGCCUCUGACGGACGGGAUGGCAGAGCUUCACAAACUGGGCCUGCACAACGUUGAGAAGACGGCCUACCCCCGAGACGCAAGCUUGGUAGACCUCUUCUGUGAGCAGGUUGCUGCCAAUCCCGACGUUGUCGCCGUUACGGACAUGUCAUCGAUGAAACUGACAUACGCCGAGCUGGACAAGCACUCUGACACGCUUGCCAAUUGGCUGCGCCAGCGCCAGCUGGCUCCUGAAACUCUUGUCACCGUCCUCGCUCCUCGGACUAGCCAAACCAUCUUGACAUUCCUCGCCAUCCUUAAGGCAAACCUGGCCUACCUUCCACUCGAUGUGAACAUGCCCUUGGGGCGUGUGGAAGCGAUCCUGUCCGCAGUACAAGGCCCCAAACUGGUCUUCAUCGGAACGGGUACCAGCAAGCCGGAUGUUCAGGUGCCCGAUGUGGAAUUGGUUCCUAUCGCCGACGCCCUGCGCGAAGCCGCUGCUUCCCAACAUUCGAAUGAUGCUCCAGCAAACCCCAAGGCAACGAGUCUGGCGUACGUCAUGUUCACCUCUGGCUCAACCGGCCAACCCAAGGGUGUUAUGGUAGAACAUCGUGGUAUCGUCAGAUUGGUGAAGCAGAGCAACGUCAACUCCAGUCUUCCUCCUCGCGCCAAGGUCGCCCACUUGUCUAACAUUGCGUUUGAUGCAUCUACGUGGGAGAUCUGGUCCGCUCUUCUCAACGGUGGAACUUUAGUAUGCAUAGACUACUUCACCACCCUAGAUGGAAAGGCUCUGGAGACUGUGUUUACAAAGGAAAAGAUCCAGGCGGCUAUGCUGCCACCUGCUCUGCUUAAGCAGUGCAUUAUCAAUACCCCUGCCAUGCUGGCUGGCCUGGAUCUUCUUUUUGCUGCCGGCGAUCGAUUCGAUGGCCGUGACGCCAUUGAGACCAAAGCCCUCGUUCGCGGCAGCGUCUAUAACGCAUACGGCCCUACAGAGAACACCAUCCUGAGCACUGUCUACGAGGUUACUAGCGAAGAAUCUUCGUUUGCUAACGGUGUGCCCAUUGGCCGCGCUGUUAGUAACUCUGGCACCUAUGUCAUGGAUCCUGCCCAGCAGCCCGUUCCUAUUGGUGUUAUGGGAGAACUUGUUGUCACUGGUGACGGCCUUGCGAGGGGCUAUACCGAAAGGGCUUUGGACGAAGAUCGAUUUGUUCAAAUCGCUAUUGCAGGCGAAUCCGUCCGAGCUUACAGAACAGGCGACAGGGUCCGGUACAGACCUACAGAUGGCCAGAUCGAAUUCGCUGGUCGUAUGGAUCAGCAGCUUAAGAUUCGUGGCCACCGUAUUGAGCCAGCAGAAAUCGAGCAAGCAAUGCUCAGCCAUAGCGCCGUUCUGGAUGCUGUCGCUGUCGUUCGCAAGUUUGAUGGCGAAGAGCCGGAAAUCAUCGGUUUUGUUGCCGCUAGAAGCGACGACGACAACACUACUAAACAAACCCUACUCCGCGGUGACGAGAGCCUGGGUCAGGUAGGCAGCGGGGAUGAUGACUUUGCAGCACUAAUGGAACAGCAGAUAUGGCAUAGACUGAAGGCUGUGCUUCCUCCCUACAUGGUUCCCGUAUCAAUCAUUGUAGUGGAUCAGAUGCCUCUCAAUGCCAACGGUAAGGUAGAUCGUCGCGAGCUAACAAGCAGGGCGAAGACAGCACCAAGAAAAAAUCUGUCUUCUGGUCAAAAGUCAGUCUUUGUGGCGCCUCGUAACGAGAUCGAAGCCGCUUUGUGUGACGAAUUCGCCGAAGUUCUCGGUCUCGAAGUCGGCAUCACUGAUAACUUCUUCGAUCUCGGUGGCCACUCGCUUAUGGCAACGAAGCUUGCCGCUCGUAUCAGCCGUCGGCUAGAGACUCGAGUGACCGUGAAGGAGAUUUUCGAUAGGCCAAUCCUUCAUGACCUUGCGGCAACUCUGAUGAGGGGCUCAACUCAUCAUGAACCCAUCGUUCCUCAGGCUUAUAACGGUCCGGUUGAGCAGUCGUUUGCCCAGGCCCGCCUGUGGUUCCUCGAACGUCUAUACCCCGGCCUGACAUGGUACCUCUCAUCUUUCGCAUCCCGACUCCACGGUCGUCUUAACUAUGAGGCACUCAAUGCUGCGUUGAUGGCUUUGGAAGAGCGUCAUGAGGGGCUACGCACUACCUUCCAGCACCAAGACGGUCUGAACGUUCAGGUAGUACAGCCAUUUGUUCCGAAGCAACUUCGGGUUAUCGAUAUCCACGGAGGCUCUGAAGAGGACCUUAUGCAUGCUUUGCAGAAGGAGAACUCUACACCUUUCAACUUGGAAACUGAGCCCGGCUGGCGCCCUGCUCUAAUUCGCCUAGGCGAAGAAGAACAUGUCUUGUCUAUCGUAAUGCAUCACAUCAUCUCCGACGGAUGGUCCCUCGAUAUUCUCCAGCGCGAGUUGGCUAUCUUCUACACCGCAAGCCUCAGAGGCAAAAGUCUUCUCUCGCAGGUGAACCCCCUGCCUAUUCAAUACCGAGAUUUCGCUUUAUGGCAGAAGGAAGAGACGCAAGUCAAGGAACAAGAGCGCCAACUGGCAUACUGGAAGGAACAUCUCGAGGGCAGUCAGCCGGCUACAUUACUUUGCGAUAAGCCUAGGCCAACCAUUCCUUCUGGUACAGCCGAUAUACACGAACUCGUGAUUGAAGGACAGCUCUACAAGGACCUUCAGAAGUUCUGCAGAAUUCAUCAGACUACGCCAUUUUCCGUCCUUUUUGCUGCCUUCCGGGCAACUCACUUUCGUCUUACGGGAAUGGAAGACGCAACUAUCGGUACUCCUAUUGCGAACAGAAACAGGAUGGAAUUGGAAGAUCUUAUCGGAUUUUUCGUAAACCUUCAAUGUCUCCGGACUACGCUGGCAGAAGACGAAACAUUCGAAUCACUGGUUAAACAGGUUGUCUCUACCAUGGCAUCUGCGUCUGCCAACCAGGACGUGCCGUUUGACCGACUGGUUGCCGAGCUGCGUCCCGGAACGCGUGAUGUUUCGCGACAUCCCCUCGUCCAGAUGACUCUCGCUGUUCACUACCAACAGAACUUGGGUCACCUCCAGUUAGGAGGCUUGACUUCAGAGCCACUAGAUGCCGCGAAAACCACGCGCUUCGAUCUUGAAUUCCACUUUUUCCAGCAAAAGAACCGCCUUCGUGGUGUUAUUAUGUUCUCUAACGAAAUCUUCAACGCCGGUUCUAUCAAAUCUAUGGAAACUGUCUUUAGCGAAAUUCUUCGCCGCGGCAUCGCAGAACCCUCUACGCCAAUUGCGUCUAUGCCUCUAACUGACGGUAUUUCAACCCUUGUUGAUGCUGGAUUGACAAAGGUUGCACGAACCCAGUAUCCCCGGGAUGCUAGCAUUCCUACUCUUUUCCGCGAGCAAGUUAGCCUCCAUGGCAAUACUAUCGCAGUCAAGGAUAGCAAUGUAGAGCUUACGUACUCUGAACUGGACCAAAGGUCAGACCGGUUAGCAAGCUGGCUAGUCCAACGGGGAUUCGCUCCUGAGACAAUGAUCGGAGUUCUUGCCCCAAGGUCAUGCGAGGCCAUUGUGGCUUUGAUUGGCAUUUUGAAGGCUAAUUUGGCUUACCUGCCGCUCGAUGUGAACGUUCCUCUUGGUCGCCUCGAGAGCAUCCUUUCGUCAAUCGAGGGAGAAAAGCUUCUCCUACUCGGCACCGGUGUGCCUGUUCCGGAUACUCAUCUGGAUGAUGUUGAGUUCCUGACUAUCGCGGAGGUGCAAAACAGCCAGCAGGCGACGCAGCAGAUUAGUACCGAACUUCUUCCGAAGCCAACCGCAACAAGCCUGGCCUAUGUGAUGUUCACAUCUGGCUCAACUGGACGUCCCAAGGGUGUUAUGAUCGAGCAUCGGGGUAUUGUUCGUCUGGUCAAGAAUACUAAUAUCCAGACCCAGACUCAGUCUGCUGUCCCAGUGGCCCACAUUGCCAACCUUGCCUUCGAUGCGGCCACCUGGGAGAUCUACACUGCGCUCCUUAGUGGUGGCACCUUGGUCUGUAUAGACCAUACUACAGUGUUGGAUGUCUCCAGUCUUGGAAAGGUGUUCGAGAAAGAAAAGAUUCGAGCUGUCAUGUUCACUCCAGCUCUGCUGAAGCAAACCCUUGCCGAGUCUCCCUCAACCUUCAAAGAUCUUGAACUUCUCUUUGCCUCCGGCGACCGUCUCGAUGUUCAAGACGCACUCACUGCUCAAGCCCUGGCAAAGGGCGGCAUCAUCAACGUGCUUGGUCACACUGAGAAUACUGUCUAUAGUGUGGCCUUCCACAUGCGACCUGAAGAACUAUGCAUCAACGGUGUCCCAGUUGGACGUGCAAUUAGCAAUUCUGGUGCCUUGGUUUUAGAUCCUCAGCAGCGCCUUGUGCCACCUGGUGUCAUGGGUGAACUCAUCCUCACGGGUGAUGGUGUCGCUCGCGGAUAUACCGACUCAGCGCUCAACAAAGGCAGAUUCGUCGAAAUUACCGUCGAUGUUAAUGGAGAGACUCUUCGAGCCUAUCGCACCGGUGAUCGCGCCAGGUACCGACCCAGCGACCUCCAAAUGGAGUUUUUCGGUCGUAUGGAUCAGCAAGUUAAAAUUCGAGGCUUCCGUGUCGAGCCGGCUGAGGUCGAACAAAUCCUUCUUAAGCAUCCUGCUGUUAAUGAUGCCGCCAUCGUCAUUCGCAAAGAUGAGGACCACGGUGUGGAGAUGGUUAGCUUUGUUGCGGCUAGAGAGGACCAACUUGUUCAAGAUGCCCAGAACGAAAUUACCAAUCAGGUCGAAGGCUGGGGUAACCACUUCGAGACGAGUACAUAUGUGGACAUAGAGGCUAUUGACCAGUCUGUUGUCGGCAAUGAUUUCCUGGGCUGGACCUCAAUGUAUGACGGCACCGAAAUCGACAAGGGAGAGAUGCAACAGUGGCUUGACGAUACCAUGGCUACUAUUCUCGACGGUCAGCCGGCCGGUCGUGUACUCGAAAUCGGUACCGGAAGUGGCAUGAUUCUCUUCAACCUAGGCGAGGGCUUAGAACGCUAUAUCGGUCUUGAUCCAUCCAGCUCCGCCAUCUCUUUCGUCCGCAGCAAAAUUCAGUCUGUCCCUACCGUGGCUGGAAAGGCACAUGUCUUUGUUGGCACUGCAACUGAUGUGGCUGGCCUUAAUGGCCUUGAGGCCGACAUGGUUGUGACCAAUUCUGUUGCCCAAUACUUCCCGUCUGCGAAAUAUCUGCUGUACGUUAUUGAGACACUUCUCCAAAUUCCUGGUAUCAAGCGCUUGGUAUUUGGCGACAUGAGAUCCUGGGCUAUCAAUCGAGACUUCUUGGCUGCUAGAGCGUUACGUGCCCUUGGCCCAGCAGCUACCAAGGACCAGAUCAGACGCAAGAUAUCGGAGCUUGAGGAACGGGAAGAAGAGUUUCUUGUGGACCCAGCAUUUUUUACCAGCCUCAAAGACCAGUUCCCUGACCGUAUCUGGCAUGUUGAGGCCCUGCCCAAGCGCAUGAAGGCUACCAAUGAGCUGAGCGCUUACCGGUACCAAGCUGUGAUUCAUGUGAAACAGUCUGACGAACGGGUUCCAAAGCCUGUUCACGUUGUUGAUCCCGAGGCGUGGAUUGACUUCAAAGCCUCUCAGCUUGAUAGCAGCUGGCUUCUUAGCUUAUUGGAGGGCUCGCCUGACGGGCAGACUGUAGCCGUGAGCAACAUCCCUUACAGUAGGACUAUUGUUGAGCGGUUGCUCGUGGACUCUCUUGAAGACUUUGACUCGCCGGACCAGACGGAUGGCGCUGCCUGGAUCACGGGCAUCUAUGAGUCGGCCAAGGAGUCUGUCUCCCUCUCCCCAUACGACCUCGUUCAAAUAGCCAAGGAGGCCGGUUUCCGCGUGGAGUUCAGCUGCGCAAGGCAGCGAUCACAGAACGGUGCCGUGGAUGCCGUGUUCCAUCGCUUCAAACCUGCAAACGAAAACAGCCGUGUUCUGAUCCAGUUUCCAACAGAGCAUGAUGGACGCCCAGCAAGACUGUUGACUAGCCGACCGCUACAACGACAACAGAGCCGCAAGAUGGAAGCCGAGGUCCGCGAGUAUCUUCAAUCCUUGCUGCCACCAUACAUGAUUCCCUCACAAAUCAUGGUUCUCGAUCAACUACCGGUUAAUCCCAACGGUAAAGUCGAUCGCCGUGAGCUUUUACGUCGGGCUCACACAGUUCCUCGGAACAUUGUUUCAGCCACCCGCAUCGCCCCUCGUAACGAAGUGGAAGCUAUCCUUUGUGGAGAAUUCGCUGACGUACUUGGAGUUGGUGAAGUGGGGGUUACUGACAACUUCUUUGACCUUGGAGGGCACUCACUCAUGGCCACAAAGUUGGCUGCUCGUCUUACCCGAAGACUUGAGUCUCGUGUCUCCGUCAAGAACAUUUUCGAUCAGCCCAUUUUGGCCGACCUUGCAGCCAUUGUCCGCCAAGGCUCUACAAAGCACAAUCACAUUCCAGCCCUACCCUACAAUGGCGGCCCAAUUGAUCAGUCUUUUGCUCAGGGCCGUCUCUGGUUUCUUCACCAACUUGAAUUGGGCGACUCCACUGGAUAUCACAUGCCGAUUGCAGUGCGUAUGAGUGGUAAUCUCCAUAUCAGUGCUUUCGAGGCUGCCCUAGAUGCUCUUGUGCAGCGACAUGAGACCCUUCGCACGACAUUCGAGGAACAAGAUGGAGUCGGCGUCCAGAUCGUACAGCCGAUUAGCACAAGGAAGAGGCUCCGCAUUUUUGAUGUCAACGACGGGCGCUACGAGGUAAUCCUCAAGGAUGAACAAGGAAGACCGUUUGAUCUUACCUCCGAGCCGGGCUGGCGUGUCGCGCUCCUACGCCUUGGCCCAGAUGACUACAUCAUUUCAAUCAUUAUGCAUCACAUCAUUUCCGAUGGAUGGUCAUUUGAGGUGCUACAGCGGGAGCUAGGCAUCUUUUAUGCUGCGGCCUUGCGGAACCAGGACCCUCUAUCAAAGGUUUCACCCCUUCCUAUUCAAUACCGUGACUUUUCCGUGUGGGAGAAACACGAGGUACAAAUCGCCGAGCAUGAACGUCAACUGUCAUACUGGAAAGAGGAGUUGGCCGGCAGCCAGCCUGCCACCCUCAUGUGUGACAAGCCCAGACCCUCUACGUUGUCUGGCAAUGGUGGCCUAGCAGAGUUCUCUAUUGAUGGCACCGUCUAUGAGAACCUUCAAGCUUUCUGCCGUACUUACCAGGCGACUUCUUUUGCUGUGCUGCUUGCUGCAUUCCGUGCGGCACACUACCGUUUAACUGGCGACGAUGACGCCACAGUUGGCACACCUAUUGCCAACCGUAAUCGUUCAGAGGUGGAAGACCUGAUUGGCUUCUUCGUUAACACUCAGUGCAUGAGGAUUGCUGUUCAUGACGGCCAAACCUUUGACGGAUUGGUUCGACAGGUGCGCUCAACAGUCACAACCGCGUUUGAGAAUGCAGACGUGCCCUUCGAGCGAAUCGUCUCGGCUCUUCUUCCAGGGUCAAGAGACACUUCCCGCAACCCAUUAGUACAGCUUAUCUUUGCAGUUCACUCGCAGAGAGAUGUUGGAAAAAUUCAGCUUGAGGGUCUUACCAGUAAGACGCUACCCUUCACACCAACCACACGAUUUGAUCUCGAAUUCCAUUUGUUCCAAGAGGAUGAACGACUUAGGGGUACUGUGUUUUACUCCAAGGAUCUCUUCGAAGUUGAAAGCGUCCAAGUAGUUAUCGACGUCUUCCAAGAAGUCCUUCGCCGGGGAAUUGACCAACCGCAGGAGCCUAUUGCUGGAUUACCUCUCACAAAUGGAUUACCAGCUUUACGUAGUCUAGGUUUGCUGAAGGUCGAUAAGUCGGACUACCCACGCGAUUCCAGCGUAGUCGACGUUUUCCUCAGCCAGGUUGCUUCUAACCCUACGGCAAUUGCUGUCAAGGAUAGCUCAUCUCAGCUGACCUAUAGCCAACUUAACACUCAAUCCGACCGACUCGCCUCCUGGCUUCGGCAGCGAAACCUGGCUCCUGACACACUCGUUGGUGUCCUAGCGCCACGAUCAUGUGAGACUGUUAUCACGCUUCUCGCCAUCCUCAAAGCAAACUUGGCUUAUCUUCCAUUUGACAUCAAUGUGCCUGCUAGCCGUUUGGAGGACAUUUUGGCGGAAGUACCAGGCGACAAACUGGUGUUGCUUGCCGACACAUUAUCUAUGCCAGAUAUCAAGCUGUCUGGCGUGGAGCUAGUACGAAUCAAUGAGGCUAUGAGCAAUUCUCAUUUGGCUAAGGGCAUCAAUACGGCUGAUGUUCCCGACGCGACAAGUCUCGCUUAUGUGAUGUUUACAUCUGGUUCAACUGGCCGCCCUAAGGGUGUCAUGGUUGAGCAUCGUGGAAUCGUCCGGUUGGUAAAGAACACCCAGGGGCAUCUGCAAGCAGGUGUCGGAGCUAGCAUGGCCCAUAUAUCCAACCUAGCUUUCGACGCUACAACCUGGGAGAUCUAUUCACCACUGCUCAACGGCGGGACUGUUGUUUGUCUCGACCAGAUGACGGUCCUCAGUCCUUCUCUUCUACGAGACGCAAUCCACACCAACAACAUUAACAUAGCGUUCUUUACAACAGCAUUGUUACGUCAAUUCCUUGAGGAGUUUCCUACUGUUGUUAGUAGUCUGGAUGUUCUACUCACUGGAGGUGAGAAAAUGCGUCCACAGGAUGCGUUGAAGGCGCGCGGUCUUGUCCAGCGUGCCCUUUGCCACGUCUACGGGCCAACUGAAAACACAACAUACAGCACCAUUUACGAGAUGGGUCCUGAUGAACAAUGCAUUAAUGGCUUACCUAUUGGAAGGGCUAUCAAGAACUCGGGCGCAUUCAUCAUGGACUCUCGUCAACAGUUGGUUCCUCUAGGUGUUAUCGGCGAACUUGUCGUCACGGGUGAUGGAUUGGCCCGCGGUUAUACGGACCCUUAUUUGGAUUCUAACCGUUUUGUACAAGUUACAGUUGACGGCCAGUCUAUGCGGGCCUAUCGAACUGGCGAUCGAACCCGAUACAGGCCGAUUGAUGGUGAAAUUGAGUUCAUCGGGCGCACAGACAACCAGGUCAAAAUCCGAGGAUACCGCAUUGAGACAGCAGAAGUCGAACAAGCAAUGGCUGGUCUUCCAGGAAUUCGCGACUCGGCUGUCGUCAUCAGACAGUUUGAAGACCAGCAGCCGGAAAUGGUUGGCUUUGUUACUGUCCAUACGGAUGGUGAACAGACAACUGGUAGCGGCGAAUAUUCGGUUGCCACCACCACUGUAUCAGAAAGGACCAUUCGACAGCGACUCCAGGCUGCCUUGCCUACAUAUAUGGUUCCCUCACAGAUCAUCAUCGUGGACCACAUGCCACUCAAUGCCAAUGGCAAGGUUGACCGCCAUGAGCUCGUGAGAAGGGCCUUGACAACCCCGAGGACUAACACUGUUGCCCUCCGGGUAGCUCCACGUAACGAGAUUGAAGCUGCUCUUUGCGAAGAAUAUGCUAAGGUGCUUGGCAUUGAGGUUGGGAUUACGGAUAAUUUCUUCGACCUCGGUGGUCAUUCCCUUAUGGCAACGAAGUUAGCUGCACGCAUCAGUCGAAGACUAGAUGCCCCUCUGACUGUUAAGGAUAUUUUCAAUCAGCCGGUUCUCGUCGAUCUUGCUACUAUUAUCCGAAUCGGCUCGGCUCUCCACAAACCUAUUACACCUACGCCUUACUACGGACCAGUUGAGCAAUCGUUUGCUCAAGGCCGUCUCUGGUUCUUAGACAAGCUUAAUACUGGUGCCCUAUGGUAUCUGAUGCCCCUUGCAGCACGACUUCGCGGACCUUUGCGAGUGGAUGCGCUUUCCAAGGCAUUCAAUGCUCUGCAGGAACGUCACGAGACUCUACGCACCACAUUCAUUGAACAAGACGGCGUGGGUAUCCAAGUUGUUCACCCACCGCGCAACAAGGAGAUCACUGUUGUUGAUCUUUCCAGUGAGCGUGACAGCAAUAGCUAUGUUGAGCCGCUUAAGAGCGAGCAAACAACACCGUUUGACCUGGCCACUGAACUAGGCUGGAGGGUGAAGCUUUACAAACUGGGACAGGAUGACUAUAUACUAUCCAUUGUCAUGCAUCAUAUCAUCUCUGAUGGGUGGUCUGUUGACAUCCUUCGCAAAGAACUCAGCGCCUUUUACGCUGCAGCUCUUCACGAUGAAGAUCCUCUGUUGCGGGUCCGUCCUUUGCCUAUCCAGUACCGCGAUUUUGCUGUUUGGCAAAAGAAUGACACCCAAGUGGCAGACCAACGCCGGCAGCUAGAUUAUUGGACUGAGCAAUUAGCAGACAGUAUGCCUGCAGAAUUCUUGUCCGAUAAAGCUCGUCCGCAGAUUCUUUCGGGCGACGCCGGCGUGAUUCAAAUGACAAUUGAGGGUGAGGUCUAUGAAGCCUUGCAAGCCUACUGUCGAAGCAACCAUUUUACAUCCUUUGCUGUAUUGCUUGCAGCAUUCCGCGCCACGCAUUAUAGGCUUACUGGGGUGGAAGACGCAACUAUCGGAACGCCAAUCGCCAACCGCAACAGGUCUGAGCUUGAGGAUCUUAUUGGAUUUUUCGUUAACGCGCAGUGCAUUCGGACAGUUAUCCAGGACGACGAAACGUUCGAUAGCCUUGUUCGCCAAGUCCGCACAACUACCACUGCUGCUUUUGACAACCAGGAUGUGCCGUUCGAGAGCAUUGUAACAGCGCUUCAGCCCGGUUUCCGAGAUACGUCUCGCAACCCAUUGGUACAACUUAUGUUCGCAUUACAUUCACAGUAUGACCUCGGAAGAAUUCCGCUGGAAGGCUUAGCGAGCGAGCGUGUGGCCACCCCUGCCACUACUCGCUUUGACCUUGAGUUCCAUCUGUUCCAAGAAGAGGAUCGUCUGGGAGGCAGCAUCCUCUACGCUUCGGAUCUUUUCGAGGAGGCUACCAUUCGUGGCCUUGUCAACAUUUUUGAAGAAGUCCUACGCCGUGGUGUCACGCACCCAACCGCAUCCAUUGCGUCGCUCUCACUUACCGACGGCUUGGUAGAGCUUCAAAAUACCGGCAUACUUGAUUUGAAGAAGACCGAUUACCCACGAGACUCUAGCAUCGUGGAGAUCUUUAGACUUCAGGUAUCUGCUAAUCCUGAUGCAAUUGCCGUGAAGGAUUCAUCUUCGCAGUUGACCUAUGCACAGCUGGACCAUGAGUCUACCAUACUUGCGGCUUGGUUCCAGCAGCAGCUGAAAUUAGCAGUUGAAACGCCUGUCGCCGUCUUUGCCCCUCGGUCUUGCGAGACUAUCGUCACUUUCCUCGCCAUUCUCAAGGCUAACCUGGCCUAUCUUCCGCUUGACGUCAACGUCCCGGUCGCACGUCUUACAUCUAUUCUUUCGGCAGUUGAUGGCAAGAUUCUUCUUCUACUUGGAUCCACAGUUACACAGCCUGAGCUUGAUCUCCCAAAUGUCACCAUGAUGACAAUCAGCGAUGCCUUCAGCAAGGCUCCAAAGGAUAACUCUCUCCAGCUAAUCAAUAGCCCAACCGCCACAAGCCUUGCUUACAUCAUAUUCACCUCCGGUUCUACUGGCAAGCCUAAGGGUGUAAUGAUCGAACACCGCGGAGUUACAAGACUAGUGAAGAACAGCAACGUUGUUUCGGAUCUCCCGCCAGGGGCACGCAUUGCACACUUAUCCAACGUUGCCUUUGACGCUUCUACCUGGGAAAUCUACUCAGCCCUCCUUAAUGGCGGCACAGUGGUGUGUAUUGAUUACUACACAACAUUGGACCCCGAGGCCCUUAACAGGUUGUUCCUAAAAGAGAAAAUCCAAGCAGCCAUGCUGCCACCCGCUUUGUUAAAACAGUGUCUCAAGCCGAUGGCAGCAACCCUCGGUGCCUUGAGUCUCUUAUUUGCUGCAGGCGACCGCUUCGACAGUCACGAUGCCAUUGCAGCAAAGGAUCUGGUUUCCGGCAGUGUGUACAACGCCUAUGGCCCAACAGAAAACACGAUUCUUAGCACGAUCUACAAAGUGCGUGACCAGGAUUCAUUUGUUAACGGCGUUCCUAUCGGUUACGCCGUAAGCAAUUCAGGCACCUACAUCAUGGAUCCUACCCAACAGCUGGUGCCGAUCGGCGUCAUGGGUGAACUUGUUGUUACGGGAGAUGGCCUCGCCCGCGGUUAUACCGACACAGCCCUUAAUAAGGACCGUUUUACUGAAGUCUUGGUCAGUGGUAAAACUGUUAGGGCUUAUCGUACCGGCGAUCGCGUGCGCUACCGUCCUACAGAUGGCCAGAUUGAAUUCUUUGGGCGAAUGGAUCAACAAGUUAAGAUCCGUGGCCACCGCGUAGAGCCAGCCGAAAUCGAACAUGCUCUACUUAACAACGGUAAUGUCCUCGAUGCUGCUGUUGUUCUCCGCAGGCAAGAGGGCGAAGAACCUGAAAUUAUCGGUUUUGUAGCAGCUCAAAGUGAUCAGUCCGUGCAGACAGAUGAAGCCAAGAACCAAGUCGAGGGUUGGGGCAACCACUUUGAAACCAGCACCUACGCCGAGAUUGAGACUAUUGACCAAUCGGCUGUUGGAAACGAUUUCAUGGGCUGGACUUCCAUGUAUGAUGGAGCUGAGAUCGACAAGAAGGAAAUGCAGGAAUGGCUUGACGACACCAUGGAGUCUAUCCACGACGGGCAGCCGGCGGGCCGUGUGCUUGAAAUUGGUACGGGCACUGGCAUGAUCCUGUUCAAUCUCCAUGGCCUCGAAAGUUACGUUGGUCUUGACCCGUCUUGCUCCGCAGCUUCUUUUGUCAACAAGAAGAUCCAGUCUAUCGCUUCACUCAACGGCAGAGCCACGGUGCAUGUCGGCACCGGUAUAGACGUUGGCAAGCUUGAUGCGCGCGCGGACAUGUCUGUGACCAAUUCCGUCGCGCAAUACUUCCCCUCAGGCGACUAUUUGUUCGAAGUGGUCGAACAGUUGACCCAUAUCCCAGGAAUGAAGCGUCUGUUCUUUGGCGAUAUGCGAACCUACGCCAUCAACGGAGACUUCCUAGCCGCAAGGGCACUUCACGAUCUUGGCCCUAGUGCAACCAGGGACGAGGUUCAACGGAGGGUUGCCGAGUUAGAAGAGCGCGAAGAGGAACUACUUGUUGAUCCAGCCUUCUUUACUAGCCUAACAAGUCGACUUCCAAAGAGUGUCUGGCAUGUAGAGAUCCUACCGAAGCGGAUGAAGGCAACCAACGAGCUUAGUGCCUACAGAUAUGCAGCUGUUGUAUAUCUUCGCGAUCCAAAGGAGGAACAGGCACCUCAUCCAGUUCACAAAGUCAACGAAAGCUCCUGGGUUGACUUCAAGAAGUCUCAAUUAGAUCGUCAGCAACUACUCAGCCUCCUUCGGAACUCAACAGAUGCUCUAGCUGUCCCCAUCGCCAACAUUCCCUACAGCAAAACUAUUAAAGAGAGGCUUCUAGUUGAGUCACUCGACGACGAUGAAGAGACACAGCGAUCCCUCGACGGUGCAGCUUGGGUUUCUGCUGUACUCAGCAAAGCUGAGAAAUACGCCUCUCUGUCUGGAGCGCAGCUUGUUGAGAUUGGUAACGAAGCCGGUUUCCGUGUUGAGCUUAGCUGGGCCCGACAGCAUUCGCAGAACGGUGGCAUUGAUGCUAUAUUCCACCGCUAUGAGCCUGAAAAUAAGCAGACCCGUGUGCUCUUUGAAUUCCCUACCGAGCACCAGGGACGGGCAUCCAACACGCUCACCAACCAGCCUUUGCAGAGACAUCAGAGCCGCAUUCUCGAGAGUCAGAUCCGUGAACAACUUCAAACUGUAUUGCCCCCCUAUAUGAUCCCCGCUCAGAUUGUAGUACUGGACCAGCUGCCUCUUAAUGCAAACGGCAAAGUCGAUAGGCGUAAGCUGUUGCGUAAGGCGAAGGCUACAUCAAGAACCAAGGCGACGUCGACCGAGCGUAUCCAGCCACGCAACGAAGUGGAAACCGUACUAUGCGAAGAAUUCUCUGCUGUUCUUGGAGUGGACGUGGGAAUUACGAACAACUUCUUCGACCUUGGUGGUCAUUCGCUCAUGGCCACAAGACUUGCUGCCCGUAUUAGCCGCCGCUUGAAUGCAUCCAUCUCCGUCAAAGACAUCUUUGACCAAGCGGUUAUCAUGGACUUGGCCGCUACCAUACGCCAGGGUUCUAGCAAACACAAUGCUAUCAAGCCUCAGCCCUACAGUGGCCCCGUUGAGCAGUCAUUUGCUCAGGGACGUUUAUGGUUUCUCGACCAAUUGGACCUCGGCGCAUCAUGGUAUAUCAUGCCACUUGCAGUUCGUCUAUCUGGCCCCGUGGACCUUAACGCACUCACUACGGCACUCAAUGCACUUGAACAGCGUCACGAGACGCUGCGUACAACCUUUGAAGAGCAUGAUGGCGUCGGCGUUCAGGUCAUCCACCCAUAUCAAUCUAAGAAGCUGCAACUGAUUGAUGUAUCGGCUGAAACCUACCUUGAGGCGCUCCAGAAAGAACAAACCACGCCCUUCAACCUUGCAGUUCAUCCUGGUUGGCGGACAAAGCUUUUCCGCCUUGACGAGCAGGACCAUAUUCUUUCUAUCGUUAUGCACCACAUUAUCUAUGACGGUUGGUCUCUGGAGAUUUUGCAGCGCGAACUUACUGCUUUCUACGCUGCCGCAAUUCAAAACCGCGAUCCUCUCGCUCAAGCACUACCCCUGCCUAUUCAAUACCGGGAUUUUGCUCUUUGGCAAAAGGAAGAGGCCCAGGUUAUCGAACAUGAACGUCAGCUGUCCUACUGGCGCCAACAGCUUGAAGGCAGUCAGCCAGCUAGCCUGUUUGGUGAUAAACAGCGGCCGGAAGUGCUUUCCGGUCAUGCGGGUCUUGCUUCGAUUAAUAUCGAGGGUUCAACCUAUAUGAAUCUGCAGGCCUACUGCCGUGCUCGCCAGGCUACGCCUUUUGCUGUUCUUCUGGCUGCAUUCAGGGCUACCCAUUAUCGACUAACUGGGGCUGAUGACGCUACGAUAGGAACUCCAAUCGCUAACCGCAAUCGAUCUGAGCUGGAGAACCUAGUUGGCUUCUUCGUUAAUACUCAAUGCAUGCGUAUUACCAUUGACGAAGACAAAGAGACGUUUGAGUCGCUUGUUGGUCAGGUCCGAGCUACAGUCAACAGCGCUUUUGAAAAUCAAGAUGUACCAUUUGAGCGCAUCGUCUCGGCUGUACAGCCCGGCUCCAGGGAUACAUCACGUAAUCCCUUGGUACAGCUCAUGUUUGCUGUUCAUUCCCAGCAAGGCCUUGGCACUAUCCAGCUGGAAAACAUCACUGCCGAGCGUUUGCCGAAUCUUCCAACCACACGCUUCGACAUCGAAUUCCACCUUUUCCAAGAUGGAAGCCGGCUUACUGGUAGCGUCUUGUAUGCUACCGAUCUGUAUACGCCUGAGACGAUCCGUAUCAUGGUUGAUACUUUCUAUGAAGUCCUGCGUGGAAGUCUUGAGCAGCCUGAAGCAUCGAUCUCUUCUCUGCUGCUUCCUGAUGGUCUGGCUCAACUACGCGAAAAGGGUUUGCUUAAAAUUCCGAAGACCGAUUAUCCAAGAGAUUCCAGUGUGGUGGAUCUCUUCCGCAAGGAAGCCUUCGAUCACCCCGAGCUCCAAGCUGUUGUCGAUGCCUCCUCGGCUCUAUCUUAUGCGCAGCUAGACCAACUCUCGGAUCGCCUUGCAGCAUGGCUUCAACUCCAGGGACUGGCAGACGAGGCACUAGUAGGUGUGUUGGCGCCUCGGUCAUGUGACACUAUUACUGCCUUCCUCGGUAUCCUUAAGGCAAACCUAGCCUAUCUUCCGUUAGACAUCAACGUCCCAUCAGCUCGUCUUGAGUCUAUCUUGUCGUCAGUUCAGGGACGCAAGUUACUGUUCCUAGGAGAUGGAGUGCCUGUUCACGACUCGCUGCCAGCUGACGUCGAGAUAGUACGACUCGGUCAGGCUCUGAAGGAUUCACAGGACCUUUCGGCCACCACUUCGCAACCGUCAGCAACGAGUCUUGCAUACAUCAUGUUCACUUCGGGUUCAACUGGUAAGCCAAAGGGUGUCAUGGUUGAGCACCGAGGCAUCGUGCGACUGGUCAAGAACAGCAAUGUAGUGGCCAAAUUGCCACAGAAUGCUCGGGUAGCACAUCUCUCCAACGUUGCUUUUGACGCGGCAACGUGGGAGAUCUACUCGGCAUUGCUCAAUGGUGGGACUGUCGUUUGUGUUGAUUACUUCACCACACUGGACAUGAAGGCUUUGCACGCCCUGUUUGAACGUGAACAGGUCUCUGCAGCCAUGUUCCCGCCCGCUCUGCUCAAGCAAUGUCUCACUACAGCCCCUAGCAUGCUCAAAUCUGUCCAACAGCUGUUCGCCGCUGGUGAUAGGUUUGACCCUCGUGAUGCCAUCGAAGUCAAGUCUAUUACCGCUGGCAGUGUCUUUAACGCUUACGGCCCAACUGAGAACACGAUUCUUAGUACUAUUCACGAAGUUAGCGAAAACGACACCUACGUCAAUGGUGUCCCCAUUGGACAGGCUGUUAGCAACUCAGGAGCCUACGUCCUUGAUGUUCGCCUACAACCCGUCCCAAUCGGUGUUAUGGGUGAACUUGUCGUCCUUGGCGAUGGCCUGUCGCGAGGAUACACCGACUCAUCCCUUGACAAAGAUCGCUUUAUCCAGCUCAGCAUCGACGACCAAGAGCCCGUACGCGCAUAUCGCACCGGCGAUAGAGUUCGUUACCGGAAUGACGGGCAAAUCGAGUUCUUCGGCCGCAUGGAUCAGCAGGUCAAGAUCCGAGGCCAUCGCGUGGAGCCAGCUGAGAUUGAGCAGGCUCUUCUCAGGCACACCGUAGCCCGUGACGCCGUCGUCGUCUUGCGUAAAAAGGAGGGCCAGGAAACGGAAAUUGUGAGCUUCGUUGCUGUUGUUUAUGCCAACGGCGUCGCUCCAGAGCACAGGGAAACCGAGAAACAGCUCUUCGCCACCCAAACAGAAAAGGCUAUGCGCCAGCAGCUACAGACCGUACUACCACCGUACAUGGUACCGGCACAGAUCGUGGUUCUGGACCAACUGCCUCUUAACGCGAACGGCAAGGUUGAUCGGCGGUUGCUCGCACACCAAGCCCAGACCACCUACGACACGACUGCUACUGUUAAUGUUUCGGCACCUUUAGCCCCUCGUAACGACGUCGAGGCAGUGUUGUGCGAAGAGUUUGCAAACGUACUCGGUGUUGAAGUUGGUAUCGACGAUAGCUUCUUCGAUCUUGGUGGCCACUCUUUGAUGGCUACGAAGUUGGCAGCACGUCUCAGUCGUCGGUUGGACGCCUAUGUGUCUGUCAAGCACGUUUUUGAUUACCCGGUUCUUAGCAGCCUUGCAGCUACCAUCCGCCGAGGUUCUAUCAAACACACUCCCAUCGACUCAACGAAUUAUAACGGGCCAGUCAAGCAAUCGUUUGCUCAAGCCCGUUUGUGGUUCAUCGACCAACUCGACCUUGGCGAGUCCUACCUCAUGCCUAUCGCUCUGCGUAUGCGCGGGCCACUUUCGAUUGAUGCACUCAAACUGGCAUUGCACGCCCUCGAGCAGCGACAUGAGACUCUUCGAACGACCUUUGACGAACAUGAUGGCGUAGGCGUUCAAGUCGUUCACAAUAGCAACAGCCCUGACAAGACGCUGAGAGUCAUUGAUCUCUCGGCAGACAACGAUGAGACUUACAAGGAAGUCCUUCAUCAUGAGCAAGCAACUCCAUUCAACUUGGCAACGGAACCAGGCUGGCGUGUGGCGCUAUUGCAGUUGGGACAAGAUGAGCACAUUUUGUCAAUCGUCAUGCACCAUAUUAUUUCUGACGGCUGGUCUAUCGAGGUUCUACAACGUGAGUUGGCGGGUCUCUACGCUACGGCUGUCCGUGGACAGGAUCCUCUCGCAAGCCUCAAGCCGCUGGCUAUUCAAUAUCGCGACUUCACCAACUGGCAAAUGCAGGAAGUUCAAGUAGCUGAGCAUGACCGUCAACUGGAGUACUGGAAAAAGCAGCUUCAAGGUAGCCAACCAGCUCGACUACUGGCUGACAAACCCCGACCGCCUAUUCUCUCGGGCAAUGCAGAUGCUGUACAGUUCAGUAUUGAUGGUGCCGAUUAUGAUGCUUUGCAGGCCUUCUGCCGGGCUCAGCACACCACGUCGUUUACCGUGUUGCUGACUGCAUUCCGUGUGGCACACUACCGUCUCACAGGGGUAGACGAUGCUACGAUCGGCAUUCCUAUCGCUAACCGUAAUCGGUCUGAACUCGAGAAUAUUAUUGGCUUCUUCGUCAACACUCAAUGCAUCCGAAUUGCGGUUGAAGAGGAUGAGACAUUCGAAAGCCUGGUGCAACAGGUCCGGUCUACCACAACUGCUGCUUUUGAAAACCAGGAUGUUCCCUUUGAGCGUAUCGUAUCUGCUUUACUCAGCGGAACUCGAGACACAUCCCGUAAUCCUUUGGUUCAACUUAUGUUCUCACUCAAUUCGCAACAAGACCUUGGAAAAAUCAAGUUGGAAGGUCUUGAGAGCACUGAGGCUCUUCCCAGUGCUGCCACAACUCGCUUCGACGUCGAGUUCCAUUUGUUCCAGGAGUCAGGAAGACUUCGUGGAACAGUUUUGUUUUCCUCGGAUCUCUUUGAACCUGCAACUAUUACCGGUAUGGUCGAUACAUUCCAGGAAGUUCUUCGACAAGCUCUUCAGACAUCAACAACUUCCCUAACAGCAUUGCCGUUCGCUCAUGCUGAAGAGAGUCUUGAGAAGCUAAGCCUCCUUGAAAUGGAACAGACCGACUACCCCAGAGAAGCAAGUGUGGUGGAUUUGUUCCGUGAACAAGUCCUCAAGAAGCCAAACGACAUCGCUGCUGCAGAUGUGUCUUCACAAUCGCAGCUUACCUACGCGGAACUAGACCAACAGUCUGAUAGACUUGCUAACUGGCUGCGGAACCGUCACCUAGCCCCUGAGACGCUUGUGGGAGUACUCGCACCUCGCUCCUGUGAGGCAAUUGUUGCCUUCAUUGCUAUCCUCAAGGCAAACUUGGCUUAUCUUCCACUGGAUGUCAACGUACCAGCCGCACGCGUGGAGGCAAUUCUGUCAUCUGUAACUGGCAAAAAGCUAGUGUUGGUUGGUCCGGACACUUCUACGGAAAUCGCACUGCCCGACACCGAGUUAGUGUCGAUCCAUGCCGCCCUCAACCAAUCUACCAGCCUCAACAAUGCAGAGGAUAACACGGCAGAGACCAUAACGCAUCCCACUGCCUCGAGUCUCGCGUACGUUAUCUUUACCUCUGGCUCUACUGGCAAACCUAAGGGUGUUAUGGUUGAGCACCGAAGCAUUGUUCGUCUGGUAAAAGAUACAAACUUGCAUCCAAACACACAGGCAGUAUCUUCCGUUGCACACAUCUCCAACUUAGCCUUUGACGCCGCUACAUGGGAGAUCUUCGCCCCACUCCUCAACGGAGGUAUGGUUGUGUGUGUUGACCACAUGACUGUUCUCAACGCUGCAGAGCUCGGUCGAGUCCUUUCUAACAAGAGAGUCACUGCCGCAUUCUUCACAACAGCCCUACUAAGGCAGUUCUUGGACGAUGCACCUUCAAUUAUUAGCGGUCUUGACCUGUUGUUUGCAGGUGGCGAGUGGAUGCAGACGCACGUAGCUCACAGAGCUGUUCAACUCGUGCGUCAGUCAUUCUGUCACGUGUACGGCCCGACGGAGAACACAACGUUUAGUACAAUGUAUCAAAUGCAUGCACAGGAGCCAUGCACUAACGGUGUCCCUAUCGGCCGAGCUAUAAGCAACUCUGGGGCAUACAUCAUGGAUACAAAACAGCAACUUGUGCCUGCCGGCAUCAUGGGAGAGCUCGUGGUGACAGGCGAUGGUCUUGCACGCGGUUAUACCGAUGCCUCUCAAGACUUAAGCCGGUUUGUUAACGUUUCUAUUGCCGGUCAGAUUGUUCGUGCGUAUAGAACGGGUGACCGCGCCCGGUUCAGAGCAACGGACGGCCAAAUCGAAUUCCACGGACGUAUGGAUCAGCAGAUCAAGGUUCGAGGCCACAGAAUCGAGCCUGCUGAGAUAGAACAAGCCAUGGCAAAAUAUCCAGGAAUCGACGAUGCAUUUAUCGUGAUCUCAAAGCCGGAAGACGGGCGAGACUCGGAACUUGUCGGAUUUUUCACAGCCCAGUACACCAACGGAGAAGAACAAUUCGCCUCUAAACUCGAGAGGGGUCUCCUCGAGCAACUGCAGAGCUCACUUCCAUCCUAUAUGGUUCCUUCCCGAGUCUUCCGACUGGAUACUUUGCCUCUCAACCCCAACGGCAAGGUUGAUCGUCGCGAGCUGACCCGCCGGGCCCAAGAAGCAGCAGCAGAUCAUUCAAGGACCUCGGCUAUUGUUUCUGAGCGUGUUCCGCCACGCAAUGAGAUUGAAGCUGUCAUAUGCGAGGAAUUCGCUGACGUAUUAGGAGUCGAUGUUGGCGUUACUGACGGUUUCUUUAGCCUUGGCGGCCACUCCCUUAUGGCAACGAAGCUAGCUGCUCGUCUCAGCCGUCGUAUUAACGCACGUGUAUCUGUCAAGGACAUCUUUGAUCACCCAGUUCUAGCCGACCUUGCAAGUGUCAUCAACCGAGGCUCAACUCAGUACAGCCCCAUCAUCGCGAAGCCAUACACCGGGCUAGUGGAACAGUCAUUUGCUCAGGGCCGUCUGUGGUUCCUCGAACAGCUUGAGAUUGCUGCGUCCUGGUAUCUGGUGCCACUUGCAGUCCGCCUUCGUGGGCAGCUUAACAUCAACGCGCUUAGCGCCGCUCUGCAAGCCUUAGAAGAUCGGCACGAAACCCUACGCACUACUUUCAAGGAUGUUGAUGGUGUCGGCAUGCAAGUUGUCCUGCCAAGCCAGGCUAAACCGUUAAGACUCAUUGACGUCUCUGCUUCAAACGACGGCUACCAGACACUCCUUAGCAAGGAGCAAACCACUCCGUUUGAUCUGACAUCAGAACCGGGCUGGAGAGUGGCCCUUUUCCGUCUGGGCAGCGAAGACCACAUUCUAUCAGUCGUCAUGCAUCAUAUCAUCUCUGAUGGCUGGUCAGUUGAUAUCUUGCGCAAAGAACUGGGCCAGUUCUACACCAACGCUCUGCAAGGCAAUGAUGUAAUUGCUCAUGUUCAGGCCAACCCUCUUCCCGUUCAAUACCGCGACUUUUCUAUAUGGCAGAAGGAAGAGGCACAGGUGGCUGAACAUGAAUCUCAACUAGCCUACUGGAAAGACCAGCUUCACGGCAGUCAGCCAGCAAGUUUCCUCUGCGAUAAACCUCGUCCGGAUGUCCUCUCUGGGGAUGCAGGUGUUGUUCAGCUAAGCAUUAAGGGCUCUCUCUACGAGAGUCUCCAAAGCUUCUGCCGCAGCCACUACACAACGCCAUUUGCAGUUUUGCUUGCCACAUUCCGUAUAGCCCAUUUCCGGCUCACAGGUGCAGAGGAUGCCACGAUCGGCACUCCUAUUGCUAACCGCAACCGACCCGAAUUAGAAGAAUUAAUCGGUUUCUUCGUCAACACUCAAUGCAUGAGGAUUGCAAUUGAAGGCGAGGAAGAAAGCUUCGACAGCCUCGUGAGAAAGACUCGGUCAAUCGCUACAUCAGCAUUUGAGAACCAGGAUGUGCCGUUCGAACGCAUUGUGUCUACCAUCAUCCCCGGUUCGCGAGAUACAUCACGGAACCCGCUUGUUCAACUUCUUUUUGCCCUCCACUCACAAGAGGACCUUGGCAAGGUUCAGCUUGAGGGCCUUACAGGCGAGGCAAUUCCCAUGGCGCCUACUACCCGAUUCGAUCUCGAAUUCCACCUCUUCCACGAGGAUGAAGGCCUUGGUGGCACUGUCCUUUUUGCUACCGACUUGUUCAACCGAGACACCGUCCAAAACAUUGUUGACAUAUUCCAGGAAGUGUUGCGCAACGGUCUUGAACAACCUGAUGUAUCUCUUGCUAGCCUGCCACUUGUUGACGGGUUGUCAGCAUUGGAUCAUCUUGGUCUCCUUGACAUUAAGAAGGUAGACUAUCCACGGGAGGCUAGCGUGAUCGAUUUGUUCUCUGAACAAGUUACCUCUCACCCGACGGCGGUGGCUGUCACUGAUUCAGUGUCAAAACUCACCUAUGCCGAGCUGAACGAACAUUCCGAUCGACUUGCAGCAUGGUUACGCGAGCGCCAGCUUCCUGUUGAAAGCUUAAUCGGUGUUCUCGCGCCGCGAUCAUGCGAAACCAUUGUGGCAUUUAUUGGCAUUAUGAAGGCCAAUCUAGCCUACCUGCCACUCGACGUCAAUGUGCCCGCCGCUAGAAAUGAAACAAUUCUCUCAACAAUUCUUGGGCGUAAGGUGGUAUUUGUUGGAAGCGGCGUGACAGCACCUGAGUCGCUCACUGCAGACGUUGAGCUGGUACCGCUUGCCGAGGCCAUUGCCUACAAGGAGAAUGAUACGCACAAAGCCAGCUAUACCCGACCUCAUGCAAACAGCCUAGCAUACGUCAUGUUCACAUCUGGCUCAACUGGCCGCCCGAAGGGAGUCAUGAUCGAGCACCGUGGAAUCAACAGGCUGGUCAGACAGAGCCGCGAAGUAUACAAGCUGCCCAACGCCCCCCGUGUAGCACACUUGUCAAACACUGCUUUCGACAACUCAACUUGGGAAAUCUAUGUUGCGCUCCUGAAUGGCGGAACGGUAGUAUGCAUCGACUAUUAUACGACAUUGGAUAGUAAGGCCCUCGAAUCCGUCUUCACUCGCGAAAGAGUUCAAGCAGCAAUGAUUUUACCGUCACUGUUGAAACAAUGUCUCGCCAACAUGCCUGCUGCCAUUGCCGCCCUGGAUAUCAUCUUGGCUGCUGGUGACCGUUUUGAUGCACGCGACGCCCUGAAGCUUCAGGAGCUGGUACAGGUCAAUGUGUAUAAUGCAUAUGGACCAACCGAGAACACGGUCUCGAGUACCGCCUAUGCCGUCAACGGAGACGAAGACUUUGUUAACGGCGUUCCUAUUGGACGUGCUUUGAAUAACACUGGAGCCUACAUUGUUGACUCACGUCAGAAACUUGUCUCAAUGGGUGUUAUGGGCGAGCUUUUAGUGACCGGCGAUGGUCUAGCGCGAGGCUAUACCGACUCAGCCCUCGAUAUAGACCGCUUUGUCCAUAUUUCUGUCAACAACAAGCUUGUCCGAGCUUACAGAACCGGCGACCGGGCUCGCUUCCGCCCUGGUGAUGGACAAAUCGAGUUCUUUGGCAGAAUCGACCAGCAAAUCAAGGUCCGCGGCCAUCGUAUUGAGCCUCCUGAGAUUGAGCAAGCUAUGUUGGGGCACCCCUCUGUGCUUGACGCGGUAGCAGUUCUCCGAAAGCUGGAAGAUGAGGAGGCAGAUGUCAUUGGUUUCGUUGUCGCCCAAGGAGUGGCUGCUGGUACUGACGCAGCCACUGAGACGGAAAAGAGCAUCUUGCAGCGUCUCCAAUCUCUUCUCCCAUCAUAUAUGGUACCCGCUCAGAUCAUCAUCCUCGACAAGAUGCCUCUUAAUGCCAACGGCAAGAAUGAUCGUCACGAACUUGUGCGUAUUGCUAAGUUGGCAGUUAACAAACACAACACUUCUGAACGUGUUGCACCUCGUAACGACGUUGAGGCUGCCCUGUGUGAGGAAUUUGCCAGCAUCCUCGGUGUUGAAGUUGGAAUUUCUGACAACUUCUUUAACCUUGGUGGCCACUCUCUUAUGGCAACAAAGGUUGCAGCACGCUUGAGUCGCCGAUUCCACACUCGCGUGUCUGUGAAGGAUAUCUUUGAUCAGCCCCUGAUUGCGGAUCUCGCUGCUAUCAUUGAGCGAGAUUCAGAACAACAUAGAGCAAUUGAGGCUUAUAAAUACUCAGGGCCCGUCGAACAAUCUUUCGCUCAAGGAAGACUUUGGUUCCUCGAGCAACUUGGCCUUAGUGCGACAGGGUACCUGGUUCCUCUUGCAGUUCGCUUGCGUGGGCGACUGGAUGUUACUGCCUUGAGGACCGCACUAUAUGCCCUUGAGGAACGUCACGAGACCCUCCGAACAACUUUCGAAGGCCACGAUGGCGUUGGUAUGCAAGUCAUUCACCCAUGCCGUUUCAGACAAAUCAAGACUGUCAAGGUCCCAGCUGGAGGAGAUUUUAUGGAGCUGCUACACCAGGAUCAGAAGACGCCCUUCCAAUUGUCUUCCGAACCGGGCUGGCGCGUCACAUUAUUCCAACUAGGAGACCGGGAUCACAUACUCUCCGUUGUCAUGCAUCACAUCAUCUCCGAUGGUUGGUCUCUUGACGUCCUUCAACGCGAACUGGCUACAUUCUACACUGCCGCACUUCUGUGCAAAGAGCCUCAGAUCUCGCCACUUCCUAUACAAUACCGUGAUUUCUCGAUUUGGCAAAAGCAAUCAGCACAAGUGGCUGAACAAGAGCGACAGUUAGCAUACUGGAAACAGCAACUUAACGGAAGCCAGCCGGCUAGCCUUCUCUGCGAUAAGUUACGGCCUUCCAACCUGUCAGGCGAAGCCAGUGUUAUUCAAUUCAAGGUCGAGGGAGCUGUUUAUGAAAAGCUUCAGGCUUUCUGCCGAACCUUUGAGGUUACAUCAUUUGCUGUUCUCUUCGCAGCCUUCCGGGCCGCCCAUUACCGUCUAACAGGCGUUGAAGACGCGACAAUUGGUACGCCUAUUGCCAACCGUAACCGACCAGAGGUUGAAGAAAUGAUCGGUUUCUUCGUCAAUACACAGUGUAUGCGAACAGCCGUCUCGGAUCAAGACUCAUUCAGCACUCUCGUCAACCAAGUCCGAUCCACAGUCACAGCUGCAUUCGAACAUCAAGAUGUUCCGUUUGAACGCAUCGUGUCUGCAUUGCUACCCGGGUCAAGAGAUACAUCUCGCAACCCUCUGAUCCAGUUGAUGUUCACACUUCAUGCGCAACAAGAUCUCGGAAAGCUCCAGUUAGAAGGCCUUGAGGGCGAACCACUGUCGAUGAAGCCUACGACUCGGUUUGACCUUGAGUUCUAUCUUGCCCAGCAGGAAGGCUGCUUGGGUGGCAACGCUAUUUUCUCAACCGACCUGUUCGAGCCAGAAACAAUUCGUGGAGUAGUUGAUAUCUUCCAAGAGAUACUUCGCCAGGGACUUGAGCAACCAGAGGCGCCUAUUUCAAGCUUGCCACUCACCUAUGGGCUUGCUGAAUUACGCCAGAUUGGCCUGCUCGACAUGCAGACAACAAACUACCCCCGCGAUUCGAGUGUCAUUGAUGUUUUCACUGAGCAAGCAGCGGGACAUCAGGAUAAGAUCGCCGUCAUUGAUGGUUCUUCUCAACUUACAUACCGCCAGCUUGAUCAGCAAUCCGAUUUGAUUGCCGAUUAUCUUCAAAGCCGACAGAUUGCGCCUGAGACCUUGAUUGCGGUGUUGGCACCACGCUCGUGCCAAACCGUUGUCGCUCUUUUCGGUAUCCUCAAGGCGAACCUUGCUUAUCUCCCUUUGGAUGUCAAUAUUCCUUCCGCACGUGUCGAAGCUAUCCUUGAUGCUGUGCCUGGCCACAAGUUGGUUCUACUCGGCGCUAAGGUUCCAGCUCUGACAAUUGAGUCCUCGGAUGUUGAGCAGGUACGAAUUGGGGAUGCACAAAGACUGGGAGAAACUGUCAACCCUCUCGACCACAGCCUGAGCGCCCCCGCUAGUGCUACCAGUCUCGCCUACGUUACUUUUACUUCCGGCUCAACUGGUCGGCCCAAGGGCGUAAUGGUUGAACACCGCAGUAUCGUGCGACUUGUGAAGUCGACCAAUCUGAUGACACAGGCCCAGGCAGCCCAGCCAAUUGCCCAUCUAUCGAACUUGGCGUUCGACGCUGCCACAUGGGAAAUAUAUGCGCCACUCCUGAACGGAGGCACGGUAGUAUGCAUUGAUCAUAUGACGGUUCUAAAUCCUUCUGCUCUUGGUCAAGCCCUCUCGGCCCACGGCGUCAAAGCAGCCUUCGUCACAACCGCCCUCUUGAAGCAAUUCCUCGAAGAACAACCGUCCAUUAUUGGCAACCUGGACUUGCUGUUUGCAGGCGGCGAAACAAUGCGACCGACAGAUGCAUUCCGAACAUGCGAGUUAGUCAAGCAGAGAUUUAACCAUGUUUAUGGACCAACCGAGAACACGACGUUUAGUACUAUGUACCCAAUGAGUACAAACGAGCAAUGUGUUAAUGGCGUGCCUAUUGGAAGGUCUAUUACGAACUCUUCAGCCUACAUCAUGGACUCGCGUCUCCAAGUCGUCCCUCUUGGCGUCAUGGGCGAGUUGGUUGUGGCUGGAGACGGAUUAGCAAGAGGCUACACCGACUCAGCCCUGGACAAGAACCGCUUUGUGCAGGUUGAAAUUGACGGGCAAGUUAUCAGGGCCUACCGCACAGGAGAUCGUGCUCGAUACAGGCGCGAUGGCCAGAUUGAAUUCUUCGGCCGUAUGGAUCAGCAAGUCAAAAUCCGUGGCCACCGAAUUGAGCCCGCUGAAAUCGAGCAAGCAAUGCUCCGUAUCAACAAGGUCCUCGACGCUGCUGUCGUUCUUCGCAAGGAAGAAGGCCAGGAUGCAGACAUUGUGGGCUUCGUUGCAGUCAAACAACCCAACAGCGCCGAUAAUACGGAUGUUGAAACUUGCGAGGACGAACAACAGUUUGUCUGGGAUACCGAGAGAGAAAUCCGCCAGCACUUACAAACCGUUCUCCCGCCCUACAUGGUUCCGGCGCAGAUUAUCGUACUCAGCCAACUGCCGUUGAAUGCAAACGGAAAGGUUGAUCGCCGCGAACUAGGUCAACAAGCUCUUAUUGCACCAAGGAGCAACGGAGCCGCAAAACGUGUGGCUCCCCGUAACGAAGUGGAAGCAGCACUUUGCGAGGAAUUCACUGAUCUCCUCGGCGGCGUCGAAGUCGGCAUCACAGACAACUUUUUCGACCUCGGUGGACAUUCCCUCAUGGCUACAAAGCUUGCAGCCCGUAUCAGCCGCCGGCUUGACACUCAAAUUUCCGUGAAGGAUGUCUUCGAUCAGCCUGUUCUUAUGAACCUAGCAGCCGUCAUUCAGCUUGGAUCCUCCCUCCACAAGCCCAUCAAACCAGAACCAUACAGCGGACCUGUGGCACAGUCCUUUGCCCAAGGCCGCCUUUGGUUCCUAGACAAGUUGAACAUUGGCGGUGCUUGGUAUAUUAUGCCUCUUUCUGUACGCAUGCGUGGGCAGCUCAAUACUGGAGCCCUAACAUCCGCACUCCAUGCGUUGGAGAAGCGACAUGAGACGCUUCGAACAACAUUCCAGGAACAAGAUGGAGUUGGUGUGCAAAUUGUCCAUGCGCCUCAAUCCAAGGCCCUGAGAGUUAUCGACGUAUCAAACAAGGACCCUACUACCUCUUUGCACCUACUACAGGAGGAGCAGAAGGUCCCAUUCGAUUUAUCUACUGAGCCAGGAUGGAGAGUGUCGCUCUUCCGCCUUGGGGAGGAAGAUUUCAUUCUUUCUGUUGUUAUGCACCAUAUCAUUUCUGAUGGUUGGUCUGUUGACAUCUUGCGUAGAGAGCUGGCUAUCUUCUAUGAUGCUGCACUCCAAGGCCAAGAUCCCUUGGCCCAAAUUGCGCCACUGCCUAUCCAAUACCGCGACUUCGCAGAAUGGCAAAAGAGAGAUGACCAGGUCAUCGAGCAUCAAAGACAAUUAGAGUAUUGGGUUGAGCAGCUAGCUGAUAGCUCCCCAGCUGAGCUCCUCUGCGAUAAACCACGACCGUCUAUUCUAUCUGGAGAGGCAGGUGUCAUUCAAGUCACCAUUGAUGGUGCUCUUUUUGAAGGCCUUCAGACCUUCUGUCGCACUCACCAAGUGACUGCAUUUGCUACCCUUCUCGCUGCGUUCCGUGCCACGCAUUUCCGCUUGACGGGCGUCGAAGAUGCGACAGUCGGCACUCCAAUCGCCAACAGAAAUCGCCCAGAACUAGAGGAGAUGAUUGGCUUCUUCGUUAAUUCGCAAUGCAUGCGGCUUGUCGUUGACGACCACUCCUUCGAGGGGCUAGUCAAGCAGGUCCAUGACACAGCGACUGCUGCUUUCGAGAACCAAGACGUCCCCUUUGAACGCAUCGUAUCAGCGCUUCUGCCCGGGUCGAGGGACACCUCACGGAACCCUCUAGUACAGCUUAUGUUUGCCGUCCACUCACAACAAGACCUUGGAAGGCUCAAACUCGAAGGCAUGACUAGCGAGCCCUUGCCUACAGCCAUUACAACCCGUUUCGAUCUCGAAUUCCAUCUCUUCCAAGAAGACGGUUACCUUGGUGGUAACGUGCUUUAUGCUGCUGACCUAUUUGAAGCUUCAACCGUCCGCAGUCUCGUCGAUAUUUUCCAAGAGGUUCUUCGUCGGGGUCUCGAACAACCACAGACACCCAUUGAAAGUCUCCCGCUCACGAGCGGUUUGGGCACUUUGCAUGAUAUGGGACUUCUUGAGGUUGAGAAGACGAACUACCCAAGGGACUCGAGCAUUAUAGACGUCUUCCAAGAGCAGGUGGCCGCUCAUCCUGAGAGAAUUGCUAUCAAGGAUGCCUAUUCGCAGCUUACAUACACUCAACUCAACGAAAAGGCUAGCGAAUUAGCAAACUGGCUCUUGGGACAGAAAAUGCCUGCACAGUCUAUUGUGGGUGUUCUUGCGCCGCGGUCAUGUCAAACAGCCGUUGCUUUCCUUGCUAUCCUGAAGGCAAACCUGGCCUACCUCCCUCUUGACGUCAACGUUCCCGUCGCUCGUCUGGAGGUUAUUCUAUCGGCUGUACCAAACCUUCAACUAGUAUUACUUGGUGCCGAUAUCUCCACACCUGACGUUCGUCUUUCUAAGGUGGAAUUCGUCUCCUUAACCGAUGCCAUCGCUUUGUCCCGGCAAAAUGGCGUAAAUACUUCCUCCAAGUCUUCACCUCCAUCGCCAACAAGCCUAGCAUAUGUCAUAUUCACUUCAGGCUCCACCGGCAGACCUAAGGGUGUGAUGGUCGAACACCGUGGCGUGGUUCGACUAGUGAAGCAAAGCAAUAUUGUUUCUGAACUUCCUGAAAACGGCGUCCGUAUGUCGCACGUUUCAAACAUUGCAUUCGACGCCUCAGCAUGGGAGAUGUAUACUGCUCUCCUUAAUGGCGCAACCCUCAUCUGCAUCGACUACUUCACCACCCUCGACAGCCGAGCUCUUGAGGUUGUAUUUGCUCGGGAAGAAAUCAAUGUGGCAAUGCUUUCGCCCGCACUGCUCAAGCAAUGUCUUGCCAACAUUCCAGCUACUAUUGGCGCCCUGGACAUCCUAUACCUUGGUGGAGAUCGCCUGAACCCGUCAGAUGCUACCCAUGCGCAAUCACUCGUGAAAACAGCAGUCUACAAUGCUUACGGCCCUACGGAAAAUUCAGUCGCAAGUACUAUCUACCGUGUCGGAGAUGGAGACGUCUUCGAACAUGGUGUGCCUAUUGGUCGGGCAGUAAGCAACUCUGGAGCCUACAUCAUGGAUUCGCAACAACAGUUGGUUUCCGUCGGUGUAAUGGGUGAACUUGUCGUCACGGGCGACGGUCUUGCCCGUGGAUAUACCGAUGAAGCUCUCAAUGAAAACCGGUUCGUACAGCUUUCUAUCAACGGUGGCGAACCUGAACGGGCGUACCGAACGGGCGACCGGGCUAGAUGGCGACCAUCUGAUGGCCAAAUUGAAUUUUUCGGCCGCAUCGACCAACAGACCAAGAUCCGUGGUCAUCGUAUCGAACCUGCUGAGGUGGAGUCAGCAAUGUUGAAACACUCCGUUGUUCAGGAUGCAGCUGUCGUUAUUCGCCGUCCACCAGGUCAGGAACAAGAGCUGGUCGGCUUCGUCGUUGUGCAAGAUGACAACUCCACGCAAGACGAGGCAAGCAAGCAGGUGGAAGGAUGGGAAACCCACUUCGAAAUCGGCACGUAUGCCGACCUCGAAACCAUCGACCAGUCUGCCAUUGGUAACGACUUCUUGGGCUGGACGUCCAUGUAUGACGGUACAUUGAUCGACACAGACGAGAUGCAAGAAUGGCUUGACGAGGGUAUGAUUGCCAUGCUCGACGGCAAGCCAGCUGGCCGGGUGCUUGAGAUUGGAACGGGUACCGGUAUGAUUCUGUUCAAUCUCGGUCAAGGGUUAGAGAGCUAUGUCGGUCUUGAACCAUCUAGCUCAGCCGCCAAUUUCGUACAAAAGAGCAUCAAGGCAAUCCCAGCACUUGCGGAUAAGGCUGAGGUUCAUGUCGGUACAGCGACAGAUGUUGGCCGGCUGGACCAGGUGACUCAGUCACGCACCGACAUGGUCGUCACCAAUUCAGUCGCGCAAUAUUUCCCCUCGGCCGAUUACCUUCUAGAGGUGAUUCAGAACCUUGCGCAGCUGCCGGGUGUUAAGCGCCUGUUCUUUGGCGAUAUGCGAACGUAUGCCAUAAACAAAGGCUUCCUCGCCGGCAGAGCACUGGCAGCCUUGGGAGAUGGUGUUAGCAAAGAAGGCGUUCAUCGAAAGAUUACAGAGUUGGAGGAAAAUGAGGAAGAGCUUCUGGUUGACCCAGCCUUCUUCACAGGAUUAUUGAGCAAAAUUCCGGCACACGUCUGGCAUGUGGAAAUUCUACCCAAGCGGAUGAAGGCCUCAAACGAACUCAGCAGAUACCGAUACGCAGCCGUGGUACACGUCAGAGGCGCAGAAGAACCCACGUUGCCAGUUCACAAGAUUGAUUCUGAAUCUUGGAUCGACUUCCAGGCGGCCUCCCUUCACCGAGACGGUCUUGUCUCUCUUCUACAGGCCUCAUCUGGUGCACCCACCAUCGCUGUCAGCAACGUGCCAUACAGCAAGACCAUGUUCGAGAGACUGAUAGUUGAGUCGCUGGACAAUGACGAUGAAUCUCAAAACUCCACUGAUGGAGAAGCUUGGAUCUCAGGUAUUCGCAGCGCUGCCGAGCAGCGCGUGGCUCUAUCUGCCUUAGACCUGGCUCAGCUCGCCGAGGAAGCAGGCUUCCGCGUUGAGCUCAGUUGGGCACGACAACGGUCCCAGAGCGGCGGAAUCGACGCCGUCUUCCACCGUUACCGUACUACCAAUGGCUCCCGCGUCUUGUUCCAGUUCCCUACCGAGGACCAAGGCCGGCCAGCAAACCUCCUCACGAACCGCCCUCUUCAACGUCUCCAGAGCCGUAAGGUUGAAACGCAAAUCCGGGAACAGUUGCAGACUCUAUUGCCCCCCUACAUGAUUCCAUCGCAAAUCAUAGCUUUGGACCGCAUGCCAAUCAACGCCAACGGUAAGAUUGACCGGCGUGAGCUUACUCGCAAAGCACAAGCCGCUCCUGUCAGCAAGCCAUCCUCGGAGCGUGUGAGCCCCCGCAAUGAGGUUGAGGCGGCCCUUUGUGAGGAGUUUGUUGAUGUUCUUGGCGUUGAAGUUGGUAUUACAGACAACUUCUUCGACCUUGGCGGACAAUCUCUCAUGGCAGCGAAGCUAGCCUCACGAAUCAGCCGACGCUUGGACAUCCAUGUAACCGUCAAAGACAUCUUUGAUAAGCCGGUUCCCGUCGACCUUGCUAGAAAGAUUCUGGAUACUCUAUUAGAGGGAACUAACAAUGGUUCGUCUCGCAUGGUAAACAGGGAGCCAUACCAGCUUCUAUCAGAGGAAGACCCAGAAACAUUCGUCCACAAGGAGCUUGUUCCCCAGCUGGAUCCCUCUUACGGCAAGAUUCAGAACUCCUACCCAGCUACAUGGUCACAAAAGAUUUUCAUCCACGAUGCUCUUACACAGCAGCCGCGCGCUCCGGCGCUUUUCUACAUUGAUUUCCCUGCCGAAACGUCCUCUAAGCAACUCAGGGAGAUAUCUACAGCUAUGAUCCAGCAUUUCGACAUCUUCCGAACGGUUUUCUUGUCUGCUGGCACCAAGUUCUAUCAAGUACUCCUUGAGCAUUUGGACAUCCCCACCGAGAUUAUUGAGGUCGAAGGAGACAUGACCGAAGCAACACACAAUCUAGUAGGAGUGGAUGCACGCGAUCCGCUUCGCCUUGGGCAAUCCAUGCUUCGUAUUGCUAUUUUGAAGAAGUCGGGAUCACCUGUACGCAUGGUUCUCCGAAUGAACCACGCUGUAUACGACGGCAUGAGCUUUGAGCAUGUCAUCCGGGCUCUUCAUACAUUGUAUAUCGGUGAGCGGCUGCCAUCACCGCCCAAGUUUGCCCGGUACAUUCAGUACAUGGUCGACAGUCGCGAGGAUGGUUACAAGUUCUGGCGCUCUGUCCUUCAGAACUCAUCAAUGACCAUCAUGAAGGCGGCUAACAAGAAUGGCCACCUUCAUCAACACGAGAAGGAUGAACGCCAGAAGGGCACUUGGCUUUCGGAAAAGAUCAUCAAGGCGCCUCAUCAAGCGAAUGCAGAUGGCAUCACUCCUGCAACGAUCUUUACGGCUGCUUGUGCUCUCAUGCUGGGUCAGGAAAUAGGAUCCAAGGACCUCGUCUUUGGUCGCGUUGUUUCCGGCCGACAAUGCUUGCCAACCAACAUUCAAAACAUUGUGGGACCUUGCUCCAAUGCCGUCCCAGUGCGAGUCAACCUGGAGGCGUCUGCCAAGCCAAGAGAACUUCUUCGCCAGAUCCAGGACCAGUACGUGAACAGUUUACCUUUCGAGACGCUGGGACUGGAAGACAUUGCCGAGAACUGCACGGAUUGGCCCGACAAGGGGGCCAACUUCAGCUGCUACAUGGCAUACCAGAACUUCGAUAUGCACCCCCACAGCGAGAAGCAGGAUCAGCGGAUCCAACUGGGCUACCUUGAACGAGAUGCUCAUCAACGAGAGCCCAGUAAGGUGGACCCUUCUCUGGACAGACACACGGUAGAUGAUGUCUCCAUGCAUGAUGUGGAUAUUGUGGGAAUACCCGACCCCGAUGGAAUUCACUUGCGGGUUGUAGUCGGAGUCAACCGACAGCUUUGCGACGAGGCCACAGUCGAUAACAUGCUGCUCGAUCUCUGCGACGGAAUUCAAACUUUGGAGGCCAAUCUAGUUGGCCCUGCAGUUGACCAGCACAAUGGCAACGGCCAAGCUUCAAACGGCCAUUCGAAGACUUCCAAAGGACACUAA